CCUAGUCGUCGGCAAAAAACUGUACCAUUGGUCCAGUCAUACAUCAGACUUUGAGAAUCUGCAAAUUUAAAGCAGAUCCUGGGCAUUUCUUCUCUCACACUUCCAACCUUCACCGUAUACACCGUUCAGCACACAAGCUACGACUUGUUUCUGCCGCAGACAACAUUCGCGGGGCAAAUUGAUCGUUCACGCUUUCGAAGUAUAGACGUUUUUGAGGCUCGCAUCCAAGACGCCACAUUCCUACGCCACUAUCUACCGUCUUAUAGAGAGUUCAAUCAAACAUCUAGCCGAAGAUAGCAGCCAUAGAAACCAUGUGUGGUGACCGUUCGAACAUACCAAUCGCCAACGGCGAUUCGCAAGUCAAUCGCAACGGCUACUCGAGGGCUGUGAAUCCGAAUAAUCCCUAUGCGCCUCCUCAAGACUUUCUCAGCAAUGUCGACAGAUUCAAGAUUAUCGAAUCGACACUACGAGAGGGCGAACAAUUUGCCAACGCAUACUUUGAUACCGAGACCAAGAUUAAGAUCGCCAAAGCACUAGACGCCUUCGGUGUUGAUUACAUAGAACUCACGUCGCCAGCGGCAUCCGAGCAAUCGCGCGCCGAUUGUGAAGCAAUAUGCAAGCUCGGUCUCAAGGCCAAGAUUCUGACCCACGUCCGAUGCCACAUGGACGACGCAAAGCUUGCCGUGGAGACCGGUGUGGACGGUCUUGAUAUUGUCAUUGGCACGUCCAGUUUUCUAAGAGAACAUUCUCACGGCAAGGAUAUGACCUACAUCAAGCAGAGCGCAAUUGAGGUUAUCAAUUUCGUUAAGAGCAAGGGCCUGGAGGUCCGUUUUUCGAGCGAGGACAGCUUCAGAUCCGAUUUGGUCGACUUGCUCUCCCUUUAUCAGGCCGUUGACAAGGUCGGCGUGAAUCGAGUGGGUAUUGCGGAUACUGUCGGCUGUGCAUCACCAAGACAAGUUUAUGAUCUUGUGCGAACAUUGAGAGGUGUUGUUUCUUGCGACAUCGAAACCCAUUUUCACAAUGAUACCGGCUGUGCUAUCGCAAACGCCUUCUGUGCCCUUGAAGCCGGUGCAACACAUAUUGACACAUCUGUGCUUGGUAUCGGCGAACGUAACGGCAUUACGACUUUAGGUGGCUUGAUGGCAAGAAUGAUUGUCGCAGCUCCGGAUUAUGUCAAGUCGAAGUAUAACCUCAAGAUGCUCAAGGAGAUUGAAGACCUAGUUGCAGAAGCCGUGGAGAUUAACACACCUUUCAACAAUCCUAUCACUGGCUUUUGCGCAUUCACGCACAAGGCUGGCAUUCACGCCAAGGCCAUUCUAAACAACCCGUCCACGUACGAAAUUCUGAAUCCGAAUGAUUUCGGCCUGACGAGAUACGUGCACUUUGCGUCACGUCUCACCGGCUGGAACGCGGUCAAGACGCGAGUUGGACAGCUUGGUCUCAAUCUCACAGAUGAUCAAUGCAAGGAGGUCACCGCCAAGAUCAAGGCUCUUGCGGACGUACGGCCAAUUGCAAUCGAUGAUGCGGACUCAAUCAUCAGAAGUUUCCACUUCGACCUGCACGGCGAUAACGUCAAGGUCACACCUACCAACGGUGCCGUUGAGCAUGGCGUAGUAAAUGGAGAGACCGCGCAAGCGAACGGUCAUAAUGCGCCGGUUGAGGCGGCGUAGAAUAAUAUUUGUACACUCAAAAGCGUUUCUAUUCAGCAUUGUAGCAUUUUGCUCGAGGCGAGGAUGAUAAUAAAUCAAGUCCCUUGAGUCUUCGAACAAAGUAUUAUGGGGCUUUUGCCUUGGGAAAAUCGAUAGCAUAUCCAUGAACAUCGGCUAAGCUUUGCCCUCUUUUUCUAUUAUUUCGCCUGUACGAAUGUGAAUUUGAACGAAAAGGGGACAAAAAAUGCAUGUACA